CUUUCCCUUCCUCAUUCUUUGUUUCCUUCUCUCUCCCUCCCUCCCCCUCCCUCCGAUUUCAAGAGAGCGAAGGACGCCUGAGCCUGUGUGAGGGGCUGGCACUUAACGCUGAGGAUCAAACGGUUCAAGCCACAAAGCGCCAGUUUGAGUUCGUUUUGUGUCCUUCCUGGAUACGUUUCCACCUUUGGCGCCGAGUUCAGCUGGUGGGCUAGCAGCGUCAGAAGCCAACAAAAGGCGAAGGAAAGAAGCGGGAAGGGCUGGCAGCGUUCGGCCCCACCAGCGCCUUUGAGAAACUUCCUCCGCGGUCAAGGGCUCGUUCCGAUCCUUCACAACAAGCUAAUCGGGACUGGAUCCGGAUGGGGCUCCCAGUUGCGCGUUUGGGCUUUCUGUCCGCGGCGGUGGUCCUGUUGCUGCGGGGAGGAUGUGCAGAUUUCUCCUCCCAUUCAUUGCGCAUUUUCUACACCGUGGUCCUGAGCCCCAACCUGGAUGAGUCCCAAUGUAUUGUGGUGGGAUAUGUGGACGACCAGCUGGCUUCAAGCUUUGACCCCUCCACAAGAAGAAUGUUACCCCAAGUGCCCUGGCUCCUUAACGUGAAGAAGGAGGACUUGCAUUUCUCGGAUUUUAUAUCUCAGAGAGCCAGCACCAUGGAGUGGUGGUUCAAAACCGACCUCGCCAUCUUGCACAGCUACCACAACUCCAGCAGAGGGAUUCACAGCUGGCAGUGCAAGAUCGGCUGCCAGCUGAGCAAAGAUGGCCACAAGCAGGGGCACUUCCAGUGCGGCUACGAUGGGGAGAACUUCAUCAGCUUCGACCAGAAGACCCUCACCUGGACGGCAGUCAACGUCCACGCUCAGGUGACCAAGAGGAGGUGGGAAGCGGAUCCUUUAGUCAUCCAGAACACCAAUAACUUUUUGGAGCAGGAAUGUAUCCAGCUGCUUGAGAAGGGCCUGUUCUAUGGAAAGGAUUCGUUGUUGAGGAAAGAGCCCCCGUUGGUGAAAGUAUCUCGCAGGAUCCAGUACAACAGUAUGGAGACCCUCGUCUGCCGAAUCUAUGGCUUUUAUCCCAAAGAGAUAGAUGCCACCUGGAAAAAGGAUGAAGAGGUCUGGGAGCAGGACACCUACCGUGGAGGUGUCCUUCCAAAUUCAGACGGGACCUACCAUACCUGGCUGAGCAUCGAGGUUGACCCGAAGGAGAGGGACCGCUAUCGGUGUUAUGUGGACCAUGCCGGACUGCCGGAGCCUCUGAUCUUGGCCUGGGUGGAGUCUGCUUUCGUAUCCAACUUUGGACUCAUUGCUGGAGUCAUAGGGGUUGUGGUAGCCGCAGUCCUCAUUGCUGCUGGAGUGACUAUAUGCAUCAAAAAACGUGGCAGAAAUGCAUACAGAACAGCAUCAGCCACUAUCCAGAAUUUUGAAAUUCCUCCAAUGAACUGAAGCGCAUGCAGUUUAGAAUGGUCUUCAAUUAAAGCAGUCUAUAUGCUUAGGCAAAAGAUUAACCAAAUGACCCUAGCAGUUUACUACUCCGUUUGCUACAACUACUGUUUUGAUUAUUGAAGUUCACAUACCGUAUUUUUUGGAGUAUAAGAUGCAACUUUUUCCUUCCCAAAAAGAGGAUGAAAAUCUGGGUGCAUCUUAUACACCGAAUACAGCCUUUUUGGCCCCCCGAAAUACCGCCCCCUUCACAAAAAUGGACGUGCAGAAAGUUUGGGAGGCUGCAAAGUGCUCCUGGGGA